GUAAGAAACACAACGAAUGAAGGAGUGGAAAUGGAGUCUUGUUUUUGUGGUAUCAAAACCCUCUCCUUCGCUCUCUCUUUUCACCCUUCAAUCUUUCAUCCAUCAAUUUGCAACCUUUUCAUUUUGCACCAAAUUGCAUCAUACUCGUGUGACAACACGCAUAAGGAACAAGCUCUUGAAAACGCCCUCUCUGUCGCUGACCCAUCACUCUCUUACUCUCUCAGCCAGCGUCACGACCUUGAAGUUGCUCCGAUUUUCUCCAAAAUUCAUACUUAUAAUUGUGUCUUCGGUGGCCAACCCUCAUCUUUUUUUCAGGCUGCUUCGGGAGUUCCUAAACCCUUAAAGAUCCCUUCUGCAUGUGGUUGGAGUGUGCUGCGUGCAACCAAGGAGAGGGAAGAAUAAAAGAGAGCGAGAGAAAAUGAGAUGCGAG